UGAUUCUACAAAAAGUAAAACCUAAACAAAUAUGAAAAUUUAUCUCUCUCGUGGCCGUGUUUAUGUCGGCUCUCUUGCGGCUCUAUUUAAGAUAAGGUGUACAAUUUGGAAGAGAAGAAAGAGAAAGAAAAGAAAAGAAAAAAAAAAACAGAAAUGGGAUCAAAGUUUCAUGCUUUUAUGUUCCCAUGGUUUGGUUUUGGUCACAUGACUGCAUUUCUGCAUCUGGCUAAUAAACUAGCGGAGAAAGGUCACAAAAUCACUUUCUUGCUCCCCAAGAAAGCUCUGAAGCAACUUGAACCUCUCAAUCUGUUCCCAGAAUGCAUUGUCUUUCACACUCUUACCAUCCCUUCUGUGGAUGGUCUCCCUGAUGGCGCCGAAACAACCGCGGAUAUACCAAUCACGUUAGGGGGUUUUCUGGCCUCAGCUAUGGACCGCACACGCGGUCAGGUCGAAGAAGCGGUUCGAUUAGCAUGUGUAGCUAUCUCAUUUGUCCCUGGUCGUAGUCCAGAUGAAUUAGCUAUACCUCCUCCGGGGUAUCCUUCGUCCAAGGUGUUGCUUCACGGACAAGAAACCAAUUCCUUGUCAUUUCUGUCCUAUCCAUUUGGUGAUGGAGUGACGUUUUACGAACGGAUCAUGACAGGGCUUGUGAACUGUGAUGUCAUAUCGAUAAGGACUUGCCAGGAAAUGGAAGGAAAAUUCUGCGAUUUUAUCGAAAGGGAAUUUCAAAGAAAAGUUCUCUUGACGGGUCCAAUGCUUCCUGAGCCGGACAAUAUCAAACCACUAGAAGAUCGAUGGCAUCAAUGGCUGAGCCGGUUCGAACCAGGAUCAGUAGUAUACUGUUCGCUUGGCAGCCAAAUCAUUCUUGAGAAGGAAGAAUUUCAAGAACUCUGCUUAGGAAUUGAGCUGACCGGUUUACCAUUUAUUGUAGCGGUAAAGCCACCAAAAGGCGCAUCUACCAUCCAGGAAGCAUUACCAGAAGGGUUCGAAGAUCGGGUUAAGGAGCGUGGAGUGGUUUGGGGAGAAUGGGUGCAGCAGCCACUGAUAUUGGCUCAUCCAUCAAUAGGUUGCUUUGUGAGCCAUUGUGGAUUUGGAUCAAUGUGGGAGUCUCUAUUGAAUGACUGCCAAAUAGUGUUUAUUCCACAUUUGGGUGAGCAAAUAUUCAACACCAGGCUAAUGAGCGAGGAACUUGAGGUCUCGGUGGAGGUGAAAAGAGAGGAAACAGGAUGGUUUUCAAAGGAGAAGAUAAGCGGGGCGGUUAGGUCAGUGAUGGACAAGGACACCGAGCUAGGGAACCUAGUAAGGAGGAACCACGCCAAAUUGAAGGAGUCUCUACUUAGCUCUGGAAUAAUCAGUGGUUAUGUCAAUAAGUAUGUAGAAGCACUGGAGAAACUAGUCUAAAGAGACAAAACAUGAAAUAAAUUGCUUUGCAAGGAAACUUUGUUGGUCUUAAAUAAUGACGUCAUAUGAAUAAAGGACGUCAUAUCGCUCGACUUAUUUGCUUAUUUUGUUAAUCACUUAUGAAUAAACGAUGUCAUAUCGCUGGUCUUGUAUGAAUUUUUUUUUUUUUGCUUAAACUUUGGUGGUCUUGUAUGAAUUUUACAUGAGGAUUCCAUGCUUCUUCAAUAAAUUUCGAUCUCUUGUGUCAA